AUGCCCAUCUUACUUUGCUUAAUCUUCCUUCUCUUCUCCUCAGCAACUGCUGAUUGUGAACAAUGUCUGCAUCAAGCAAAAGUUUCUUUCUUUUCUAAAGCUGAAGCCCUUCAAUCCGGUGCUUGUGGCUAUGGUUCUUUGGCUAUAGGAUUCAACGGCGGCCGUCUUGCAGCAGCCACCACCACCCUGUACAAAGAAGGAGCUGGUUGUGGUGCAUGUUUUCAGAUAAGAUGCAAGGACAACACCCUUUGCUCAAAGGAAGGGACUACAGUGAUCGUAACGGAUCGUAACAACGAUAACAAGACCGAUUUUGUUGUGAGUAGCAGAGCUUUCAUGGCGAUGGCUAAAAAGGGAAUGGGUCCGAACAUUUUGAAACUUGGCAUUGCCAAUGUCGAGUACAAAAGGGUUCCUUGUGACUAUAAAAACAAGAACUUGGCCAUUCGAGUCGAGGAAUCUAGCCAAAAGCCACAUUAUUUGGCAAUUAUGUUCUUGUAUCAAGGUGGUAAAACUGAAAUUGUCGCGGUCGAUGUAGCUGCACAAGCUGAUCCGUCCAACUGGACCUUCAUGAGUCGAAGUCACGGGGCCGUUUGGGAAACCAGUAGAGUUCCGAUUGGGGCGUUGCAGUUUCGAUUCGCUGUGACGGCUGGGUACGACGGGAAAUGGUAUUGGGCAAAAAGUGUGCUUCCUGCUGAUUGGAAGAAUGGUGAGAUCUAUGAUUCUGGGCUGCAAAUAACUGAUGUUGCUGAGGAUGGUUGUUCUUCAUGUGAUGACCAAAGCUGGAUACCAGAUUCUUAA